AUGAAAGUUUAUUCAAUUUCAAUUUACUCCAAAGAUUCUCGUAAUGAAGUUAUUAGGUUGACUGCAGAGUACGAUCUCUCAAGUUUUGGUUUCUUUCAGCGCAGCACUGUUCAGGAUAUUAUUAUGGUAAUUUCUAAAGCAAUUGCAGCGGGAACGAAACCCGGUCAAAGACAACGCGUUGAAGAACAACCCUAUGUAGGUUAUGUUUACUCUCGUUCCGACAUUCCUCUUACAGGAGUCAUGAUUACAGAUGAAGAAUAUCCACAACGUGUAUCAUUCUCUGUAUUGAACAAGAUUCUUGACGAAUUCCUCAUAAAAUUUCCUCAUAAUGAUUUUUCUAAAGUUGGUACAAUCUCUUACCCAGAAUUAAAAACUUAUAUAGUUAAAUAUCAAGAUCCCAAGCAAGCAGAUCAGAUUGUAAAAGUACAAGAACAAUUGGAUGAAACAAAACAAGUCAUGAAUCGAACAAUUGAAUCCCUUUUACAACGUGGGGAAAAGUUGGACGAUUUGAUAGAUAGGUCACAAGAGAUUUCUUUUCAAUCUAAAGCAUUUUAUAAACAAGCUAGAAAGACAAAUAGUUGCUGUACUAUUUCAUGA